AUGAACAUCACCGAAUUGCCUCAUUACGACUGCGAUGACUUCUUUCCAACCUCAAAAGAGAAGAAGAUAGGGGAUAGACGACUGAUUGUUGUCGAAGACACGGACCCAAGGGUGUUGGAGCAUAUCGGAAUCACUUUCGGCAUUCCGCCAGUGUUCUUCUUGGCCCAUUGCGACGGAUGGGUCAAUCUCAGCAUCGUGGAUCAGGCUUGCGCGAAGCAAAGCUGCUCGAGGUACUGGAGGGUCCCAGUUCCGCAGAUCCGAGCCAUUCCUUCCACUUUCAAGGGGCCAUAUGGCAAUUACGUUAUCGAAACCGGAAACGUAGACCGCUGGUCGGUGAAGAUAACGCCACAGACGAAGCACGUAAAUUUCCGGAGUCAAGUAUCUUACUGGGGUCAGAAAGAUGGUGAAGACGGAUGGAUAGCAAUACUACUCGUUGAUCCACACCAAGUUAGCAUGAGGCUGGAGACACUUGAUCCAAAGAACCCAAACGCCUGCUACAAGCUUGAUAACUGGAAACCGUCCCGUAACAUCUUUUCGGAAGCGUCUGUGAAGCCUUUCAAUGCGGCUGUUGGGCUCCAGGGUUGGUCUAUGAACUUUAUACACCAGAGCUAUCACACCCCCAUCUUUGACGCCAUAAAUAUGGACACAAGCACUGGGAUUCCACCACACACGGACGAUCCCUUUUCAGGAACAUUCCAUGCUCGCAAUUUCAUCAGAUCGGCAUGGGAAGAAUGGAUGUAUCAACGGGUCUGUGAAUUCGACGAUCAAUUUUUGAACGAACAUCGGUCACACAGCCUCUACCUGGAGUCUGGAGCACUCGGAUCCUCUGAAAAAGAGCUUAACGAAGCAGUAAACCGAUACAAUACUUUGAUCGGGGAAAUUCGAUCAAUCAAAAUUGAUCUGAGACACGUGAGGAGCAUCAUCUGGGCAUUUCGUUGCAAAGAUCCAGAUUACCUCAGAGAGCAAAAGACGUAUCUCAAGGUGAAGGAUCAACCCGAACACACGACAAGAAACGAGGAUUUCAUCACCGCAAUGGAUGUAGCCAAUGCCAUUGAAGAGGAAAGUAAGCUCUGGAUCUUUCUUGAGAACAAACUCGAAGUGAUGGAGUCCGACAUCAACAAUCAUAUGGAGACGUUCUCGCAACUUGCAACUAUGGAAGAGGCUGUUGCAUCCAGCAAACAAGCACGAAGCGGCGGCCAACUUACGAAGAUUGCAACUGUCGUUGUACCCUGUUCAUUCGUCGCCUCAAUUUUCUCCAUGGGUGGAGAUUUUGCGGUUGGUGGGAGUCUGUUCUUCUUGUACUGGGCCAUCACGGUGCCGGCAACCCUUGCGUUGCUUGCUUGGGUGCUUCACAAGGAUAUCAAGGAUUCUUACCGCAAUCGUUUUCUAGCCCACUCAAUGACUCCGGACGCGAACAGCCAGGCCACAAUAGGUCAGAAUUCCGGGCUCCGAAGACUUUUGGGCAGGAGGCAGAAAAGUGGUUCGUCUGAUGUAGAGAAUGCGGAGAAGAGAGCGUAG